GGGACUUGCCCUCAGCCUGAGUCGGCGGCGGCUGCGGGAACUUUCCCAGCGGAUCUAAUGGCUGCGCGCGGGCCGCUGUGAGGCGCGGCGGCGAGCGACGGGCGCGGGGCCGCGGAGCCGCGAGAGAGCGAGCGAGCGCGAGGCCGGAGCCCCGGCCAGGCCCGGCCGACCCGCCGAGCCCGCGAUGCGUCCCGGGGCCGCCCCCCAGCGCAGCUGACGCCCCGCGGCCCCGCGGAGACCCCGGCCGGCCGGUCCCGGAGGAAGCGGCCGCCGCCGCCGCCCAGCCCAGCGCCCGCGCCGCCCGGGCACCAUGGCGGGGAAGGCGGCCGCCCCGGGCACCGCGGUGCUGCUGGUCACGGCCAACGUGGGCUCGCUCUUCGACGACCCAGACAACCUGCAGAAGAACUGGCUUCGGGAAUUUUACCAGGUCGUGCACACGCACAAGCCACAGUUCAUGGCUCUGCACUGCCAGGAGUUCGGAGGAAAGAACUACGAGGCCUCCAUGUCCCACGUGGACAAGUUCGUCAAAGAACUGUUGUCGAGUGACGCAAUGAAAGAGUAUAACAGGGCUCGGGUCUACCUGGACGAAAACUACAAAUCCCAGGAGCACUUCACGGCACUAGGAAGCUUUUAUUUUCUUCACGAAUCCUUAAAAAACAUCUACCAAUUUGACUUUAAAGCCAAGAAAUAUAAAAAGGUCACUGGCAAAGAGAUCUACUCCGACACCUUAGAGAGCACGCCCAUGCUGGAGAAGGAGAAGUUUCCACAGGACUACUUCCCCGAGUGCAAAUGGUCAAGAAAAGGCUUCAUCCGGACGAGGUGGUGCAUUGUAGACUGUGCCUUUGACUUGGUGAAUAUCCAUCUUUUCCAUGAUGCUUCCAAUCUGGUUGCUUGGGAAACAAGCCCUUCUGUGUACUCAGGCAUCCGGCACAAGGCACUGGGCUACGUGCUGGACAGAAUCAUCGAUCAGCGAUUCGAGAAGGUUUCCUACUUUGUCUUUGGUGAUUUCAACUUCCGGCUGGAUUCCAAGUCUGUCGUGGAGACGCUCUGCACAAAGGCCACCAUGCAGACUGUCCGGGCCGCCGACACCAACGAAGUUGUGAAGCUCAUAUUUCGUGAGUCGGACAAUGACCGGAAGGUUAUGCUCCAGUUAGAGAAGAAGCUGUUUGACUAUGUCAACCAGGAGGUCUUCCGGGACAACAACGGCACUGCGCUCUUGGAGUUUGAUAAGGAGCUGUCUGUCUUUAAGGACAGACUGUAUGAACUGGACAUCUCGUUCCCACCCAGCUACCCGUACAGUGAGGAUGCCCGCCAGGGCGAGCAGUACAUGAACACCCGGUGCCCGGCCUGGUGUGACCGCAUCCUCAUGUCCCCGUCUGCCAAGGAGCUGGUGCUGAGGUCGGAGAGCGAGGAGAAGGUUGUCACCUAUGACCACAUUGGGCCCAACGUCUGCAUGGGAGACCACAAGCCCGUGUUCCUGGCCUUCCGAAUCAUGCCUGGGGCAGGUAAACCUCACGCCCAUGUGCACAAGUGUUGUGUCGUGCAGUGACAUGGUGGGAAGAGAUGCCAGCGCCACGAGAGGACCCUUCGUGAGCCCUCCCUGUCGCCGUAACCGAAUGCGCACUCUUCAAAGCUGCAUCGAGAGCCCACCCGAGCGCCACCUGCUAGACGACCAGCCCACACUUCGCUUCAGCCUCCGGACCGUUCCGGAGCAGCCUCACAUACCUCACUGUCGUGUCUGUUCAUAUGACAUUAAGUAGAAACGUUUUUUUUUUUAAAUAAGUCACAGUCCUGUUGUCAAAACUCUAAUAGACAGCAAAGAGGGUCUAUACCAUAGACUUCACAGUUUUCAGUUUUUAAUGAUUGUCGGUGGAGGGGCUUCUCCAGCACGGAGACCCCCGUGUCCAGAGACUCCCUCUGCCAGGUGGAGGUGCGUCCAGGGGCUGGGUAAGCCGAGACGGGCACUCCCUCUGCCGGCCGGCAGUGUGGCCCCGAGCACGCCCGGGAGUCUGUCUCUGCCGAUGCCCCUCCCGAGGUGGGCCGUGUCACAUGGUUUUUGAAUCACACUGCAGCUGCUUUCCAUUUUUAUAUAUAUAAAUAUAUAUAAAUAUAUACUUUUUAAAAAUAAUUUAUAAACCUUACCAAAACGUAUGCUCAAUGUACUUUCCAGUAUGAAUGCACAAGAGUCCCAUCAGCAGGCAGCGCUGGCGUCUAGGGGCACAGCUGUGUGUCCAUCCGCGCAGAAACUUGUAAAGAACACAUGGGCUCGCCCCGGGGUGAAACCGGCCCCACGCACGUCUGCCCCGCGGCCCGUUACGCCCAUCCGUUCUUCUGUGUAGUAUUAACAACUGAAUGUGAAGUUUAUCGCUAGCCUGGGUGUACCUUUGAAGAAUUUUGUAAACCGUUUGUCUGUCUUUUGUUACUGUUUCAUGGUGCCAAGUAUUCUACAUUACAACAAUAAUAUCAUGGGAGAAAUAGAAAUAGCCUAGUUUGCUUCCAAUAGAAAUUGCUUUUAACAUGGGCUGUAUAUAAAAAUAUUAAAGAGAACAAACUGUACAUUUCCUCCAUGCUCCGCUGCAAACAACCCAUGUAUUAACCUUGUUGCAAAUAUUUUUCUCCUAGCACUAAGUACAGCAUUAAAAGGUGAUGAGUCUGUUGAUGACACACAAUGUAUGUUUUAUUGAUUUUACUUUAGAACACUACAGAGUUCCUGGCCGGUGAGGGCAUUUAGUGGAUGUUUCUGUCUAUCGCUACCAUUGCAAGUGAUCUGGUGUCCGCGGCUGAAUUGUUCCUGGCGGGAGGACUGGGUCUGUCCGUGUCCCUGCUGUGGUCACUGGCUCCGCGGCCACAGUUCCAACACGGAGUCCGCCCCACGGGUGUCAGCUCUUGGUCAUUCUGAGGGCCUUUAGAAGUGACUGGUCUGGUUCCUAAGCAAUAAAAUUGACCAUGGUGAAAACA